AUGAAAGCAACAAUCAACUCCAGGGCAACUCUUGAUAGAACGGCCUAUUCUCUCAGCAAGUGCUUUGAUUUUGCACCUUUGAUAAUUAUCUUUACAGUAGGUAAGUCAGCUCCGUUUCGGAAUCAACUACUUUUGCAGGUAGACUACAGUUGCCUGCUCAGGAUACGUCGCAAUCUAACGCCGAUUAGACGGUUCGACGCGCAUUCUUUCGAGGAUUUUAGCCCUAUGCUCGAAA